AUGAUAUGUUACUAUAAUUCACCGUAAAAUAUAAUUUCUGCUUCCGUUCCACAUGGGGUCAAGAGUAAACAAACCCACGAUGACCCUCGGGGUUAACGACUCAACAAUCAACAUGAUCUGCAUCAUCCUCCAAUGCUUUUCAACCCUCGUUCGGUGCGAUGCAACCUUGGAUGAACAAAACUCCCUGAACAACCUUAACCCAGUGAACGACCACGAGAACAAUGAGGAAAACGAAAAAGAAAGAGAUCACGACAAGAGGACCAUCUUCAACUCCGAAGUGGACAACUAUGGUUGGGCCAAACACGUCGGUGUACACCCUUCAGGCUUCAAAUAUAUCCUUGGAAUCGGUCCUGUCGAUUUGAAAUACGUUCCUGUCAUCAGGAACCCCUUCAAGUUGAACCGUCCCAAAUGGCCGCCGAAGGUUUUCAAGCCGUUCAGACCGGUCAAACCUUCCCAUAACCACGUGUUCAAGCCUGCAAGACCUGUGGUGGUAAAUCAUGGUAUAGGGGUUCGUCCUUUAGGUCCAGUUUUCAGGCCGGUGGUUCCAUUGGUGAGACCUGCUCUGCCUUUCGGAAAACCGGUUAUGUUCAGGCCAGUUGCACCACCAGCUCCUCAAUGGCCUAACAAGUCUUGGCAACAAGAUGAGUGGAAACAGAAGCCUGCUUCUCCAAAACCUGUUGUGGGUCUAACCCCAGUAAAUCUUAUACCAAUUCAACCUGUCGUCAAACCUGUUCCGCCACCUCAAGCUGUUCCAGUGGUCCCGUUGCAACCAGCCAACCCUGUAGUAUCGGUUCAGCCAGUUCACCCUCCGGUGGUGCCAUUACAGCCAAUAAAUCCUGUGGUUCAAGUGCAGCCAGCACCUCAACCUGUGGUACCCUAUCCCACUACCAUUUCUACAGAUCCAUGGGUGCCUCUGGUGAAACCAGCCUAUCCUUUGGUACCUCAGCAACCGCUGCUUGAAGUCACCAAACCGAAUUUACCGGUUCUUCCACUUGGAGCCAGUUUUCCUUCUCCAAUCCUUCAACAGGCUCAACCAGGACCAGGUGUAGUUCUUCCAAAACCACAAUUGAUCCAUCAGAAUACUGCACCAGUUGUAGAAUUCCACGGCAACCAUCACCACCACUUCAUAUCUCCAAAUGGUUACAUAAACUUCCAUAAAUUAGCCUCCAUUCAGCCCCAAUACGCACCCCAGUUCACUCAGGUGCUUCCACAAAACGCACAAAUAUUCCCUACCGGCGUACAAUUCCAACAGAAUCCCCAAAUUUUGCCUUUCGACGCUGGACAACCGAUUCCAAAUGUUCCACAGUUCCAGCAUAAUGUUCCACAGGUGACGCAAGUGCAACAGUUACCAAGACCAGAGCAGCAAUAUGUUCCACAAGUGACGCAAGUCCAGCAAUUGCCACGUCCGGAACAGCAGUACUAUCCACAAGUGACGCCAGUCCAGCAAUUGCCACGUCCAGAACAGCAGUAUUUUCCACAAGUAACGCAAUUUCAACCCCAGCAGGAACAGCAAUACGUGUCACAAGUAACACAGUUCCAGCAGCUUCCAGGUCAAGAACAGCAAGUUACUCAAAUACAGCAAUUCGUCAAUCAGGGACAGCAGGGUUUCGAGGAACAGUAUCAGCCUUCUCCGGCUCAUGGUCAACUUCCUCUUGAAGGAGAAUCUCAGCAACAACAGAAUCUACAGAAUCAAUUUCUCUCAAAUUCCCAAUCGAACUUCUUCUUCCAAGGACAAGACCAGCAGUAUGUACCAGAUAACGACCUUCAGCAACAACAAUUCCAGAGUUCCAACAGCAUCCAACCUGGUCAAACUGACGUCCAAACACCUCUUUACCUACCUCCACACAACACCUACAAUCCACAAGUAGAAACCUUCAACAACGCUUUCAGUUCGCAGUUUGUUUCGAAUCCAGACAAUGGCCUGAGACCAUCGGCUACAUUGGAAGCUCCUUACAAUAAUUUUGGAUAUAACAGAAGGGAAGAUGUUGGUGAAGAUGCGGAAGAAGAUUCUACUGGUGGAAGUAUUUGAACUUAGGGUUUUUGUUGUGUUCAGUUGUUGACUAUUUUGUAAAUAUUG